AUGCUGAGUGGCUCCGGCAGCUACUGUGGUUUAAGGUCGUUAGUCACUCGCUGCAGGCGCGCCGUGCAGAGCUGCUCACAGCACCCUCCUGGUCCCACCAGGCCAGUAGGUUGGGAACAGCUGCAACGGGGUCAGUGGGGCACGGGGGGAGCUGGGGGCUGUGGUCAGCAUCUAACCAGGGUCAUGGGGAUGAGGGCCUCUAGGCAGGUAUUUCCGAACUGGUUCUGCAUCCUCUGGCUGCCAUUCCUGCUGAGGGCUAUCUCCUGCUCCCCGCUGCCCGCUGCAGAGCUCCCACCGCCCGCUGCGCUCCCCUCCGGGCUGUCCCAGGGACAGACCUGUGUCGGAUGUGUGCUUGUGGUCUCUGUGAUUGAACAGCUUGCACAGUGGCACAACAGUACAGUAAAGGCAGCCGUGGAGAGACUGUGCAACUACAUACCUGAAAAACUGCAAGGUUUCUGUUACGUCCUUGCUGAAGUGUAUGGACCACACAUAGCUGAACUCAUAGACAGGGAAAUGAAUGCCGAUGUGGUCUGCCAUUCCUUGAGGCUGUGCAAACAGGAUCCAGGACAACCCCUUUGUCAUCUCUACCCUGCUCCCAAGGUGGGGUUGAGUGCUGCAAUACGGAAAGCAAAAAGGAUUUUGAAGAAUUCCAAGGACCUGAAAAGGACCAUGGGGUUCCCAAAUGUAUGUGCGUUUCCUCUUCUGGCGGACCUGUGUGAGAGGAUUAAAUAUGUCCUAGGAAGUAAACUGCCUUUUGAAGAUUUUGAUGGAGAUAAAUUUAGUACUUUCCCAACGCUGAGGGGCUAUCACUGGCGCGGCAGAGACUGUGAUGACAAAAACACCACCGUGUACCCUGGCAGACGUCCUGAUAACUGGGAUGCGAAAAGCGACUCUAACUGCAAUGGCAUAUGGGGCCUGGAUCCAAAAGAUGGAAUUCCCUACGAGGAAAAGUUCUGCAAAGGUGCGGACUCUCAGGGGGUGGUGCUGCUGGGAGACUCGGCUGGCGCUCAUUUCCACAUCCCACCUGAGUGGAUGACUGUCACGCAGAUGUCCGCGAAAUCGUUUGCUAAUCUCCCCAUGGCUUUCACCGAUGAGCUUGACUGGCCCCAGUUCUCGGAGAUCACUGGGUUCCUAAACUCCACCAUUGGAGGCUGGACAGACUCUCUGUAUCUACGUUUACGCAGGAGAAAUCGCUGCAAUCACCGAGACCUACAGAACAUUUCCCAGAAUGGUGGUUCUUCACGAAAUCUCCUCGGUUUAAUAAAAAGCUUGGCCAGAAACCAACUGUUGGACAAUCCAGCCAUAGUUAUCUAUGCUACAAUUGGGAAUGACGUCUGCAAUGGGAACCAGGACACGCUGGCUCACAUGACCACCCCCAAAGAAAUGUUCUCCAACGUCAUGCAAGCUCUGCGAUACCUGGACUCCCGGCUUCCAAACGGCAGCCACGUGAUUCUGACAGGCUUGGUGGAUGGCCGCUUUCUCUGGGAUAAUCUACACAACAGAUAUCAUCCUCUGGGGCAGCUGAACAAAGACGUCACCUACAGCCAGCUGUACACUUUCCUCAACUGCCUUCAGGUGAGCCCCUGCAGCGGCUGGCUGACUGCCAAUGAGACCCUCAGGAACCUGACCUCAGAGAGAGCCUUACAACUUUCCAAUGUCCUGAAAGAAAUCAGCAGAACUCAGAAGUUUGCCAACUUUGAUGUUUUCUACAUGGAUUUCCCACUGAAACAAACAGCCGAAGAGUGGCACAGGAUGGGCGGUGAGCCCUGGCAGCUGAUCGAGCCAGUGGAUGGCUUCCAUCCCAGCCAGAUUGCUGCAGCCCUGGGAACAAGUGUUACCUGGCAGAAGGCACUACACGAAUGGCCUCAAGUGCUUGGAAAGGAGAAUCCAUUUAAUGAUCAGAUUGAAGCUAUAUUCAAAGAUCAAGGUGGACACUGAUUCUCAGUUUGACAAAGCCAGGUCUUACGGUGAUGCUUCCGAGUACAUUCCAGGAAACAGAGUUAUUAGAGACCAAAAAACAGAAAGAAAAAGAAAAAAAGAGGAAGCAAGUUUUCAGAGCCAAGCUCUUCUGUUGUUCAAAAUAGCUGUGCUAACUUCAGCACCGUUGGCUGUUUGUACAACUGCAUUCUUUUCAGCAGUGCAUCUCAAACUGCAAAGUCAUCCACCUGCACAAGUAGGCAAGUCUUUCUGUAGAGCUUCAGAAAUUAAAAAAUCCAAGGAUACCUGCCAGCUAGACCAUUUAUUGUGCUGGUUUGCAAAUCCAGAAGAUUUUUUCAACAUAGAGCAAACCUCGUUGUUUUUUCUUACAGAACAUCAUCUCUGGCCUUUCCAUUUGUACUGUUUUAACAACCAAUCUGAUCCCAAAAGGACAGGGGGGCACCUGGGUCAUUUUGUUACUAUGAAUUGUGUAAUUGUCCUGACUGUUAGUACAUUAUUUAGCUGCUAUUUGCUUAUUAAAGUGUGCCAGGAGUAACAAGGGACUAGGAAUUAGAUUUGCCUGGCAGCAUUAGGUCAGCCUGAGCACAUGUUCUCUUCCCCACCAUUAACAAGCUGGUAACCUUACAACCUUCAGUGUAUUUAACACAGAUUUUUAAAGCUCUAACACAUCUUCACUCUUCUGCUUCAUAAUAAACACAAGAUGUUCUCUCCUGCUUGUUAUGUAGGCAUGCCCUCAGGAAUUACCAAAGGUAACAGGCAGCUCUUAUCUGCUCUACUUAAUAAAUAGGAUUGAAGACUGAGGAAUAAAAGUGGUCUUUAUACCAGCUCACCCAGGAAAAAGAAAAGAGAAAGAAUGAACUUGCUACCACAACAACAAAAUAUCCAAUCAAUCAAAAUUAGAGACAGCUUCACUGAUUGCAUAAAGUUGUACUGAUUACACAGGGAAAAUCAUGGUAAAUAGAAAGUGCUAGCAUGGCAUGACUGCACCCAUCAGUUAGCCAAAGUUCGGGUGUACUUGGUCUGCUUUUUGUUCUGACAGUGUCCUCUGCAUAAGGCUAUGCCAGCUGUGACCCAGCCCUGAUGCUGCUCAACGAACUAGAUGAGGUGGCCUGGCUGUGCAUGGACCUGAGCACUCUGGCUGUGUCUGCACAAGAUGCAUCAACUCAGCAGACUGAAUAGGCAGACAAGAACUUGAAAACGUUAUAGACCAUCUUCUGUUUGGGUUUUUUUAGUCAAUGCAACACCAUUUAUUAUGGGACUUAUGGGACAACUGUUAACAUUUAUGAAAAUAUUCUAGUUACCUGUUCUAGGAAAUCAAGAGGAAAUAAGUUCUUUAACUGAAUUAUAC